AUGUAUUGUUGCGGGAUCGGAACUCUUGGCAUUCCGUAUGCGAUACAACAAGGAGGAUGGAUAUCCAUCCUAAUCAUAAUUCUUAUGGCGUUUAUGAGUGUGUAUGCAAACAUCAAACUAAUCGAAUGUUUAUACCACAAUAAUGUAUCGCGUCGCAUAUCCAUAACUGAAAUAGCCUAUGAUGCGUUCGGAAACGCUGGAUCGGGAUUCGUAAACUUUUUUUCUAAUGCAACUUGUAUCGGAUCUCCAAUAGUUUAUUUAAUAUUAUCAGGAGAAAAUUUUAAAAAAAUAUUCGAGGAUAAUUUUGACAUCUAUUUGGGAAUAGGAACUUGGAUUUUUAUUUGCGGAGGCAUGAUGUGCGUUCCUUACGUGCUACUUAAAACCAUGAAAGAAGCUUCGUGGUUAGGUAUUUUUGGAGCAUUAACUACAAGCUUGGUUGUGUUUGUGGUGCUCUUUGCUUCACUUAUGGAAUUACCAAAUAAUCGAGAUAAGAAACAUCAAAUAAUAAAUCUUAGAAAUAUGCCGAUAACUUUAGCAACAGCAUUUUUUAGCUAUGGUGGAAAUGUCAUAUAUCCUCACGUCGAAGCAAGCAUGGAGCAUCCAAGAGCUUGGCCAAAAGUACUUAGUUUGGCUACCUCUACGAUCACCUUUUUUUAUCUUUUGAUUGGAAUUUCAGCAUAUGCAACGUAUGGAGAAGAUACAUUAUCACCGAUUUAUAAGAAUCUCCCGGCAGGUUUAACGGUAACGAUCAGCGUAGUAAUGAUAUCAAUUCACGUUUUAAUGGCAUUACCAAUUUUUUUGACGUCUUUUGCGCUUGAAGUUGAAGAUUUUCUUUCAAUCAAUGUCGCUACGCUUGCUUUAAUUGGCGCUCUUAGUCAAGGAAUAUUAUUGAUUUUUAUGCCUAUCGUAAUUUGGAUUAAAUUAUUCGGGUGGGAAUCCAUUGAUAGUUGGAAGGAAAUUAUUUUGGUGAUUUUUGCCUUGAUGUUUUCGGUUAUUGUUAUCGUCACUGGAACCAUCCUUGCCACCUACGCUUUAUAUUUAGAUAUCACGGACCCCAAUUAA